AUGUCCACGGAAGCGAUCACUAGUGCUGUUUGUGACGAAGUGCGAAUAAUUUCUCCGCUUGGAAUGCUGGGGUAUGGCUACGAUGCUGCGUUAUUCUUAGAAUUUUGCGAAACUCGUCGUCCUCAUGCAAUCAUCUGUGACUCUGGUUCUACAGAUUCCGGCCCUCAGAAACUUGCUCUAGGACUCACAACGUGUCCACGCGAAGCCUAUGUCCGCGAUCUAGGCCCCCUGCUUCUUGCGUCUGCAAAGUACAAAAUCCCCGUCCUCAUAGGCUCCUGCGGCGGUUCAGGAACCAACGCACAAGUAGACCUUUUAGCAGAGAUAGUUCGUGAAUUAUCGGAGACUCAUGGAUACAGCUUCCACGUUGCCAAGAUCUAUGCCGAAUUUGACAAGGAAACAGUACGGAAGAAUCUGGACAAUGUCAGCCCUUGUGGGCCUGUUCCGUCAUUAACAACAGCCGACAUUGAAGCUAGCACACUCAUCGUUGGGCAAAUGGGUGCCGAACCGUUUCUCGCUGCACUUUCUCACGAGGGGUCGGUUGAUAUAAUUCUUGGUGGGCGAGCAUACGACCCGGCACCUUUCGCUGCUGUGUGUAUCAAAGAGGGCAUCGAUCCCGGAAUUGCCUGGCACAUGGGAAAGAUCGUGGAAUGCGGUGGAAUGUGUGUGGAACCGAAGCAACCUCUCAUUUUUGCAACAAUUCGGAAGGACAGCUUCGACCUCGAACCUUUGGACGUUUAUUCCAGGUGUACUGUGAUAUCCGUCGCCGCGCAUACACUUUAUGAGAAGACGCGCCCGGACCUCCUUCCCGGACCUGGGGGUGUAUUGAACCUCGCACAGUCUACUUAUGAACAAUUGACACCUCGAGUGGUUCGCGUUCGAGGGGCUGUGUUCGAGCCACGUCCUUACCAGGUUAAGCUGGAGGGCGCAAAAGUGACUGGAUUCCGCUCCAUCUUUAUUGGUGGUAUACGGGACUCCACGCUGAUUAAACAAAUAGAUCGCAUUUUGCCUCUUGUUGAAGGGUAUGCGCGGUCAAGGAACUCCACAUUCACAGGAGAGGACUGUCGCAUUGCGUUCCACGUGUAUGGCAAGAACGGAGUCAUGGGGCCGUUGGAGCGCAUCCAGAAGCCUGCGCAUGAAUUAUGUGUACUAGGAGAGGUCCUUGCACCCACACAAGCACUUGCGCAUAGUGUAUGCAAUGCCAUGCGCGUGGCCCUUUUACACACACCGUAUCCUCAACAGAUAGCCACUGGGGGUAAUCUCGCCAGUCCACUGACCCCACUAGAAACGGACACGGGCGAAAUGUCCGAGUUUUCGGUGUACCACCUCAUCAAUGUCGACGAUCCACUUGCUCCUUUCCCGAUCCAGUACGAAUCUGUCGGAAUCUCCGCGGAUGAGUCGCGUUGGCCAAUCUAUCAGCGUGCUGGGCAUUCGAAAGGCUCCGAUGCCAGCGGCCCGCUUGCUAAGAUAAAGCAGGAACUCGAGGCGGCGAGAGUUGAUCCUGUCGCAAAGUGGCGCACUGCAAGCGAAAGUGGUGAUAAGACUAUUGCUCUACGCGAUAUUUCCACUGUGCUCCGCAGCAAGAAUAGUGGGCCGUACGAGCUAACGUUCGACGUCAUAUUUCCAAACGAUGAGAUUUAUCGAGCUGUGAAGAAUAGCGACGUGCUCACUGUCGAUGCGCUUGCCCACGCCUACAGUGUCGAGCCCAAAAAGGUACUGGCGUGUCUGUUCUUCGACCAAGCACGAGCAUUCAAGUUCACUAUUCCAAGGGUGCGACCGAAUGGAAGUUUCGGCGAGACUGAUAUGCAUGGAUGUCAGCAACAUAUUCCCUUGGGCGACAUAGAGGUUCCUGUUCUAGUCGCGUAG